UAACCAAUCGAGUCACCGUUAAGAUUGCACAAAGUGUACACAUGGGACGUCGAAUAUUCAUGACAUUUUCGGUAAGCGAAAAGCCGGCUGCUACUUGCUAGUGCUUGUCCUGGGAAAUUGGCGGCGCAUUUUCUUCAAAUGUUUUGCCUGUAAAUCUCUACAGGAGAGAAAGUGUUGAGCAGCACAUGGACCGCAGCUAGCUGGAAAGAACAAUGAAGAAAAGGGUCGUCAUCUCUGAGAUGGCCAGCAGUCCUGCUGAAGCUGCAAAGUUGGCAGCUGUAGCUGAGAGGAAGAAAAAGAAGAAACGUGUCUCCUGGUCCGAUGAUCGUGGAGGCUUUCUCAGCUCCAGCUUGGAUGAAGAUGACGUCUUUGCGCAAGCAAGUAUCGGACCCCUUCUAUCCCUUCUACUGCUGGUUGUUCCCAUGAUACACCUGUACGUCUGCCCUUUCACCAAAGUGGAGGAGAGUUUCAACCUGCAAGCCAUACAUGACAUUCUCUACCAUCGCACCAACAUCAGUGCGUACGACCAUCUUGAGUUUCCAGGGGUGGUUCCAAGGACCUUCAUUGGGCCUCUCGUAGUGUCUGUGCUGUCUUAUCCAUUUGUGGUCAUAGCUUCAGUGCUGGGCGCAUCUUCGUUUACCUCACAGUACAUUGUCCGAGCUUGUCUUGGUCUGCUGGUGAUCCACUCGUUCCGUGACUACUGUGAGCAGGUGUCGUGGAAGUUUGGCCCCGACACGGCCAAGUACCUUGUCCUCAUUACGCUGUCCCAGUUCCACUUCAUGUUCUACCUGACGAGGCCACUACCCAAUGUCUUUGCACUGGCCAUCGCACUGAAAGCCAUCAGUUCUUGGAUGCAACGGGACCACAGAGACUUCAUCCUCCUCUCAGCAUUUGCCAUCAUCACCUACCGCUUUGAGCUGUGUCUACUCCUAGGUCUGAUGCUACUACAGGAGCUACUGUCUAGAAGAUUAGGCUUUGUGUCUCUUAUAGGAUGGGGGACUGUCGGUGCUAUUUUAAGUCUGGGCACGACUGUAGUGAUGGAUUCAUACUUCUGGCAGUAUUGGCUAUGGCCUGAAGGCAGUGUGUUGUGGUACAACACUGUACUCAAUAAAAGCAGCAAUUGGGGAACGUCUCCUUUCAUGUGGUACUUCUACUCAGCAAUACCCAGGGCAAUGGCUGCCAGCCUCAUGUUGGUUCCCAUUGGCUGCUUUCUGGACCGCCGGGUGUGGCGCUUUCUACUCCCACCGAUCGGUUUUGUUUUCCUGUACUCGUUUCUACCGCACAAAGAGUUGCGAUUCAUUAUCUACGUGUUCCCUUUGCUGAACACUGCUGCUGCAGUUGCAAUAGCUUAUAUAUUUAGGCACUUUCACAAGUCGGCCUUGAUGAAGCUGCUAGCCCUAGGGGUCAUAGGUCAUUUUCUAGUCAACAUGGCCGCCACCCUUGCCUUUCUGGUGGUAUCCCAUCACAACUACCCCGGCGGCGUCGCGCUCAGUAAACUUCACGAAGCAGUGCCUCAACAAACAGCUAAUGUCCAAGUUCACAUUGAUGUAGCGACAGCACAGACCGGUGUCUCGAGAUUCACUCAAGUCAACAGGCAUUGGAUUUACAACAAAACGGAAGACCUAGCACCCGGCGGGCCGGACAUGAUGGCCUUCAUCGGCGCCUCGUCCGCACCAGACAGCAGCCCCCUCAAGCCUUACCGAUCAACCCACAAGGUCUUGGCGGUCGUCCAGGGCUUCUCCGGGAUCAGCCUGCGGGAGAGCCCCUACAUCAAGAUGGACCCCAAAAUCUACAUCUUGGAGAAGAGAAAGAAGAGAUGAGAUCCCUCCUUUUGUUUGGUUUGCGUGACAAAAUUUGCACAAACUUGUAUUACGUCAUACUUAACUGUAUUUAUUCCCUGAUGAGUCCAUAACACCACAGACUGCGUAGGCUGUUCUGGGCUGUAUGAGGACCGAAUGCUUUGGGCGAGCACAGGGACUAAUGGGUUACUACUGUCCUGAAACCGAAACUGACCCGAACCGCAACCGACUUUGGGUCGGGUCGGGUCGGAUCGGUUUGUCCCUCGUUGCAGUCGGGUCGGGUCGGUUUCGGUUUUGCGUUUGUGAUUUUCGGGUCGGUUGGGUCGGUUAAGCCAUUUUGAAAAAAACCUGAAAAAAAUACCGAAAUAAACCGAAACAGAAUGGAAAUUCACAUGGUGCACUAUUUAGGGCAGAGUCUCUGUGUGCAGUCUCGAUUGGUCUAGGCCCAUCAGUAGGUCACGUUGUGAGUGCCGCACAACAUGAUUCAGUAUCUGAAAACCGACAUUUGUUUUUUUAAGCGGGUCAGUUCUGGUGCAAAAAACGGACACAUUUGCCGAAGCCACAUAGUCGUUUUUUUUUUCGGGUCGGUUUUCUUUUAAUUGUUGUCGGGUCGGGUCGGUUUUAGGUAGUCUAGCUGGUUCGGUUUCGGUUCAGAUUUGGUUUAUAAAAUAAAUGUCUUGGGUCGGUUUGGCCUCCUCAACCCGACCCGAUGCACAUCACUAUAGUUGUUAUGCAUUGACACCAUGUAACAGGGGUGAAAUUUGUCACAAACACUGCUAGGACCUUUUGAGCUGCAAAAAACACUUAGAAUACACAUACAUGUAGUUUUUUGUACAGUAACAAAUCUCAUUUGGACAAAGAUGGCAAGUAAAUAAAUACAUUUUAUUAUUA